AUGAGUGACGGGCAGGAUGUGCUCCGCAUCCUCAUCUCCACCGACAACCAUCUGGGGGUCUGGGAGAAGGAUGAGGUCAGGGGGGACGACUCUUUCAACACCAUGGACGAGGUCAUGUGCAUCGCCAAGCGCGAGAAAGUGGACUUUGUCUUGCUGGGCGGUGACCUGUUCCACGACAACAAGCCCAGCCGGCAGACUGUGGUGAAGGCCAUGGAGAUAUUUGCGCGACACUGCAUGUCGGACGACCCUGUCGGCUUCCGCGUCAUCUCGGACCAGCGCCAGAAUUUUGCCAGCGGCCGGGUCAAUUUUGAGAACUCAAAUUACAACAUUGGUCUGCCUGUCUUCACCAUCCAUGGCAACCACGACGAUCCCGGGGGCACCGAAAACCUGUCUGCGGUUGACAUACUUUCCACUGGCGCACUCCUCAACUACUUUGGCAAGGUCGCCAUCGCAGGGGAGGGGGUGGGCAAGGUCCGCAUCGCCCCCGUCCUGAUCCAAAAGGGUGCUACCAAGCUGGCCCUCUUCGGGCUGGGGAACCUGCGCGAUGAGCGCCUGUGCCGCCUCUUCCAAACUCCAGCCUGUGUAGAGUGGAUCCGUCCGGCCGACACGCCAGACUACCCCAGGGACGAGUGGUUCAAUCUCUUUGUCCUGCAUCAGAAUCGGACCCCUCACUCACAGGGCGCCAAAAAUUACGUGAAGGAGAGCCACUUGGCGCGAUUCCUGGACCUGGUCAUUUGGGGCCAUGAGCACGAGUGCCUGGCAGAUCCUUGGGACUCGGUGGAGACGGGGGGUGCCUUCAGCGUCCUGCAGCCCGGGUCCAGCGUGGCCACCGCGCUCUCAGAGGGCGAGGCCAAAAGAAAGCAUGUUGUGGUGCUCGAGAUCAUGGGGCACCAUUGGCGGACAAUAAAGCACCCGCUGGAGACGGUGCGGCGGUUCGAAUUUGAAACUGUGGUCCUGGCGGAGCACACCAAGAAGCUGGACCCGGAAGAUCCAGAGACGGUGACUGCCUUCCUGGACGCCCGGGUGUCGGCCAUGAUCGCCCGAGCAGUGCGCGGGCGGCCGCCAGCUUCCCCAAAGCUUCCGCUGGUGCGCCUGCGCGUGGAUUACACCGGCUUCUCCACCAUCAACACCCAGCGUUUUGGGACCAGGUUCGUGGGGCAGGUCGCCAACCCACACGACAUCGUCCUGUGGCAGAAGCCGCCUGCCAGACGUGCCAGGGAGGAAAGCGCCACCCGAGCCGGCAAUGCCCCUGUCGUGCCCAUUCGUCCCGAGGCGUUGGACGAGGCCCACAUCGAGGACCUGGUGUCCCAGCACCUGCAGCAUGACCUGGAGCUGCUCCCUGAAGUGGAGCUGGCAGAGGCGCUGCACGAGUUCGUGGACAAGGAGAACAGAAACGCACUGUCGGAGGCGGUCAGUCGCGUGCUGGAGGAGACCCAGGCGGCUGCGGCUGCCCGCGGCGGCGAGGAGACCGGGACCUCGGCGGCCGGAGAGGGCCGCCGCGGCGCACGAGGCGGUGCCGACGCCGCAGUCCCCUCCGGCCCCACACCCCCCUCCCGGCAGGGCGGCAAGCCUGCCAAGCCGGAGGAGGGCGAGGUGCUGGAGUCCAUCGCCCGGGCCACGGCCCGACGCCGCCUAGACCUUGAGCUUGCAGCUGGCCACUCGGAGCUGCAGGACGCAGACAUGUCUGAAGCCAUCUUCACAGAUUCAGGUAAGCACAGCGCACCCGACGCCAGCGAGGUGCCCUUUGCGCUGCGGUGGCUCGCGGCGGAGCUGCCCGGCCGGGCGGGGCGCUGGAUGGAGGCCGUCUCGGCGUUUCAGGCCCUUCUGGGCCUGUGCGUCACGCAGAGCGGGAUCGCGGAGCGGGAGGGCGACGCCGAGGCACAGCAGCAGUAUCCCGCCGCGCUGGCGGUGCUGGACGCGCAGCUGGGCGCCGAUCCGCGGCGCAUCGACACCUGGCUGCAUGCGGCCCAGGUCCAGCUGCGGGUCGGGGACCUGCCCGGCGCGGAGGCCAGCGUCGCCUCGGCCGCCUUCCUGGCCGGGGAGGCCGAGGGCCCCGCCGCCGCGCACGGCAUGCGCGCCGUGCGCCACGCGCGGGGCCUGCUGGCCGUCGCGCGGCAGGACUGGCCGGCGGCGGCUGCCGCCUUCUCCUCCUGCCUGCGGGAGGACGCGCGUGACGCCGAGGCGGUGGGCGACCUGGCCGUCUGCCAGCUGUUCAACCGCAACGUGGAGUCGGGCGUGGCGGUGCUGGAGGCCGGGUUCCAGGCCCAGCCCUGGGCUAUGCUCAAGGCGCCGCUGGUCAGCAGCCUGGCGCUCAUGUACGACCUGGCACGCCCCGACUCCGGCGCCAAGGAGCGAUUCGGCGCCUGGGUGGCCCGCAUAGCGCCCGAUGACCUGGACAUGAGCUGCAUGAGCCCCGGCUGA